UUUUGCACCGUGUUUGGUAAAUAGUUUGUCAUGGCGGACGUCGAAAAUGCCGAUAUCGAAAAAGCUGUGGCCCCAGAUGGUCACAAGCAGGAAAAAGAUGAACCUGAAAUACAAGUUCCUGCAGAAAAACCAGCAGCAGUAGUGCCUUCUCUGCCUGCAGCAGCCCCUCCCAAACCCAGGCCUAAAAAAGCGCCGGAGCUGCCGGUGUACGAGCGACGGAACUGGCUGAUCCACUUGCAUUACGUGAGGAAGGAGUUCAGCACAUGCAAGUCCCUCAUCAAGGAGCAGCUGGCUGAAAGUGGGGGCAUGUGUGAAUAUGCUGUGUAUGUGCAAGCCCUGAUUCUGCGACAGGAGGGCCGUAUACAGGAGUCCCUAGAGAUGUUUCAGACCUGCACACUACUCAACCCUCACAGUGCUGACAAUCUGAAGCAGGUGGCCAGGUCACUGUUUCUUCUGGCGCGACACAAGGCUGCUAUAGAUGUGUACACGGAGGCUGCCAGACUUAGCAACAGGGACUGGAGAGAACAGGGUUUUGCAAAAAUGGAGAUUUACCACAAUCAAGGCGUGUGCUACAUGUACCUUCGAGACUUCCCCAAGGCCAAGGAAUGUUUGAAGCAGGCCAUUGAGUGCCGGCGCCAUGAAAUCUCUUAUGUGAUGCUGGGCAAGAUACACUUGAUGGAGAAUGACAUCAAUGCUGCUAUAGAGGUGUACAAGAGUGCAGUCGAUUAUUCCUCUGAAAAUCCCGACCUACUGACGACUCUUGGCUUGCUGUACAUGCAGAUUGGACAGUACCAGAAAGCGUUUGAGAAUCUUGGCAAUGCCAUGACCUUUGACCCAACCCACACAAAGGCUAUAAUGGCUGCCGGGAGUAUGAUGCAGAGUCACGCAGAUUUUGAUGUUGCCUUGACGAAGUACAGGAUCGCUGCCGUCAACACCCCAGAGAGUCCGCCCCUCUGGAACAAUAUUGGCAUGUGUUUCUUUGGCAAGAAGAAGUUUGUGGCUGCCAUCAGCUGUUUGAAGCGAGCCAGCUACUUGGCGCCGUUUGACUGGAAGAUCCUGUACAACCUUGGGCUGGUGCACCUCACCAUGCAGCAGUACGCCUCCGCAUUCCACUUCCUCAGUGCCGCCAUUAACCUCCGACCCAAGAUGGCGCAGCUCUUCAUGCUUUUGGCUGUGUCUCUGACCAACCUAGAGGACCCGGACAAUGCUAAGCAGGCCUAUGAGCAGGCCAUGACACUAGACAGUAAGGACCCGUCCAUCCCUCUCAACUAUGCUGUGUUCCUGCUCAACACUGGAGACCGGAGGUCGGCUCAGAAGAAUCUUUCUCAGUUUGAACAGAGGGUGAAGAACUACAAGUCUGGCGUGCCCAUUGAUCAGGAGCUGAUGGACGUGGCCAGCAAGAUGGGUCCACUUCUACAGGUGGGGGGCAACCUCACCUGGAAACAGGGAGCAGCCGAACCCAAGAAAGAAGCAAAACCAUCCACUCCAGAAAAAUCGCCCCGUCCAACUUCGUCUGUAUCUGACCCUGUUGUCAUCCCUCAGUCUGGACCUCGACCUACAACCUCGUCCGCUGUGGAAGCCAGUCUGUCAGCUACUCCUUUACCAGACCUGGACAAAGAACCGCCCAACUUGAAACCUGAGAUGCUGUAUGAAUCAGAGCCGACCGAUCUGAGCUUGAUGGGUGAUGACAAGCCACCUGUCUCACGGUUCGACAACCCCUUCUCACCGCCCCCACCAGCAUUGUCCUCGGACACCCUGAAGAAAGGUCAUGACCUCCCCAAUCUGGAUGGAGGACUACCUCCGGUCAGGAGGGCUGGGAUGUUGCCGAGUCUCGACUCCCUACCGGCGCCACCUAGGAACAACCCGACCGAAGAUGAUGACGACGAUGACAUUGAGGAUGAAAUUGAAGAAGAAAUUGAAAAGCCUCAAAAGAGAUCCGCUGUACCAGCUUUGUGAAGAAGAGAUUCUUAUAUUUGAUUUGUAAAUAGAUGGAUCGUGACGUGAUGAUGGUAGUAGAGAUCUGACACUACCUUGAUACUGAAGAGUAUCGUGGUAAAUAAUGGAACAAUGUUACAGUUUCUUUUUGUCCUCUUGGUCAUUUUGUAUUGGUUUCCACAAACAUAACAAUGGUCAGAAUAGCAACAUUGUUAUUUAAUUUUUCGUCCAGUUCAAUUGUAUUUCAUGUUUUACAGAUUUCAUUUGUCAAAGACUUAAAGGUAGAAAGCACAAUAAAUUUGCUCCUGGAAUAAAACAACAUUCAAGUCAAAAUUAGUUUUAAAUUUCUUAAAUUAUGAUUUACUUUUUCAAACUUAAUGUUACCGGUAACAUUAAAUGAUUGGUUGGCCUUGACAAAGGAGUUGCUGUUCGAUGUCUUUGUUUGUCACUAUCCACACUGACUUGUAGAAUGCCAGUGUGAAAGUAUGAUUAUCCCCCGCCCAACAAAGUUGGCGGGGGAUAUAGAAAGGGGCUCCGUCCGUCCGUCUGUCACGUUUCGAUUCCGGAGCAUACAUGUAACUCAGAAACCUUUCAAUAUUUUUUCAUGAAACUUUGCAGGUCUGUCAUUUAUGUUUCCAUGGCAACAAGAUGGACUUAGGUUCCAAACUCUUCUUUUUUUUACAAUUUCCGUGACUAGUUCCACCUCGGUUAAAAAAGGUUAGGGUUUGUUUAGAUUUAAUUAUGUCAUAAAUUCUGCAACAGGGACGGGGGGAUAUAGCCACGUUAGUGGCAAACUCUUGUUGUUCUAAUGAUCAAAACCUGUGAACAAAUAAAGAUUAUCUAAAGGUUAAAAGUUAUUAACAGCCAUACGGUCUUCAAAGCAGUGUGACAUUUCUUCUCCCUCACUGUUUGCAAUGUUUGUUUUCGGUUUCAUGUAGCAGUGUAUGUAUGUGGACAUUCCAUGUUUACACAGGAGUGUCAAUUGAGAAAUGUUUGUAUGUUGAAAUAAUGGGGGCACUGGUGACCCUGUUGUCUUCAGAGUGGCUACACAGGGUUAAGUCUCUUACCCAUGCCAGGAUCUGCUGGCUUUGAAUCCAGAUAUGCCUCACUUAAGAUCCUUGGUCUGUCAUGGGGUUCAACAAAGUGGUAAAUCAUUUUGAUCUGCAUCAUGAUAGACUUUCCACUCACAUGAAGCAAAUUCAACUUGUAUAGAAUACUGAAAUACUGUUUCAGUCUCAAAGUGAAUAGCCCAACUCUCAAGCUCAAUGCGUAAGAUUGCGAACUAUUCUCAGUAAGGGCCUCUUUUUACAGGAUGUUUUCUUGUGCUAUACCUGAAAAGUAAAAGUAAGAAGUAAUGAUUCCGACAGCGGGACAAACAAACUUUAGCCCUGACAUCACUUAGUGAAAUGAGAAUCGAUUAAUUAAUUUACUUUGGUCUUUUGAGCAGGUCACGAGAAAACAGCAGUUAUAUUGUUAAAGUGGGUGUGGGUGUUUGGCUUGGCUUGGCUUGGCUUGGCUUGGCUUGC